UACACCAUGUGAGGACUGAAUCUAAGAAUAUAUAUAUACAAUGGAAAGGAAGGUGAAGUGGAAGAGAAAAAGAGAGAAAAAUACAUAAAGAAGGAAAGUGCCAUGGCAAUUGGAGUAAUCAAUAAUACCAACUUCUUCUUCUCAUCCUCCUUUCAUCUAUUCAUCAUCAUCUUCGCUACUGUUUCCGCCACCAUUGCCAGAUCCGAUGAUUGUGUGUACAGUCUCUACGUAAGAACUGGAUCAAUAAUUAAAGGAGGAACAAAUUCAAAGAUGAGCGCAACGCUUUACGAUCGAGACGGGUGGGGAAUCCGAAUCAACGAUAUCGAGUUAUGGGGCGGGUUAAUGGGUCAAGCUUACGAUUAUUUCGAAAGAGGGAACCUCGAUAUUUUCAGUGGUAGAGGUCCGUGUCUGGAUGCUCCAAUUUGCGCUUUGAAUUUGACAUCGGACGGGUCGGGUCCUAAUCACGGUUGGUAUUGUAACUAUGUCGAGGUAACUGCUACUGGACCUCACAUGGGUUGCUCACAGCAACUGUUCACGAUUGAGCAAUGGCUUGCCACUGAUACUUCUCCUUAUGAGCUUACUGCUAUUCGUGAUUAUUGUGGACCGUAUGUUUCGAACCCGACAGUUGGAAAACGGGUUCGAAUCAUCAACGGUCCAGAUAAGUCUGUCAUUUCUGUUAUAUGAAUUGACCAGGGAUUGUAUUUCUCAUUAAAGUUAUGAGCUUUAGAGAUAUAUUUAAU